GUUGCCGACAUUCUGAUUGGCUGUUGAAAAAAGCGGCCUGGCCCGUCUCAAAUUCGCUCAACACUCACCAUGUCGUUAGCCCGUCAGCAACUCAUUCGCCCUCUUUCUAGAUCGCCUCUUCUCUCAUUUUCAACAUUCCGUUCUACUCUAAUUACUCAAAGAUAUAUCUCGACCUCCAAGUUCGCUCAGGCGGAACACCAUGACCAUGACCACCAACUUCAUAGCGAUAUGAAGCUGCUUCACAAGGGGUCACAGAAGCCUUUGUAUGCUAACCACGACAAAGAUAUAGAAAGAUACAAACGAGGAGCAACGGCAGUUGACAAGGCCGUACAUCUUUUCUUCAUUACAGAGAUAAUGCGAGGAAUGUGGAUUGUCAUAGAGAACUUCUUCAGGGAACCAUAUACUAUUAUGUAUCCUUUUGAAAAGGGCCCGUUGUCACCCCGUUUCCGAGGAGAACAUGCACUGCGCCGAUAUCCAAGCGGUGAAGAACGCUGUAUAGCUUGCAAACUUUGUGAAGCCAUCUGCCCUGCUCAAGCAAUUACCAUUGAGAGCGAAGCUCGUAUGGACGGAUCGAGACGUACCACUAGAUAUGAUAUCGACAUGACGAAAUGCAUAUACUGUGGCUUCUGUCAAGAGGCUUGCCCAGUUGACGCUAUUGUGGAAACUCAAAACCAAGAAUUCUCGACCGAAACUCGCGAGGAACUGAUGUACAACAAGGAGAAGCUUUUGGCAAAUGGUGACAGAGCUGAAGCAGAGAUUGCCGCCAACUUGCAUUCUGACCACGUCUACCGGUGAAAGAGAAGAGAAGGAAGAGCUGUUAAACGUAAUUUCAUUCAUGUUCUGUAAUCUUUUAUGGAUUCACAUAACAUUACGCCCUAA